AGGUGGGGGCCACGGGGCACUGUGAUUGUUGGGCGGACACCGGCGUCUCCCCAAGCCUACAUUUCGGGCGACUGGUGACUGUUGUCAAACCUAACCUCCCUCACCUGUGCUUUGCCCACACACCAAUCGUUUUUCCUGCCCUGGGCAUGUUCGAACACACCCCAUCUCCUGGCGAAUUCUGUCUUUACUCGGAGUGUCUGUCAAUCCAGUGCCAAGUCCGUCCUUAGACAUGUUGAAAUUUAUCAGAGGGAAGGGGCAGCAGCCCACAGCUGAGCGUCAAAGGCAGCAGCGUGAGCUCUUUGCCUUCAGAAAUACACUCCACCAUGGAUUCCCCAACAAACCCUCUGCGUUGGCGUGGGACCCAACUCUUCGUCUUAUGGCAAUUGGAACAUCAUCUGGUGCCAUCAAAGUUGUUGGCAACCCCGGAGUUGAGUUCUAUGGCCAGCAUCAAAGUAAUGAAAGCCCAGUGACAAAUAUUGUGUUUUUACCCAGCCAAGGUCGUCUAGUUACCCUUUGUGAUGACAACUCACUGCAUUUAUGGGAAGUUAAUGAAAGUUCUCUUGAGGAAGUCAAAUCCCAAGCUCUGGAGGGAAAACUGAAGAAGAUCUCUGCAAUAUGUUUGGAAUCAUCUGCUAAGAAUUUGCUUCUGGGCACUGAAGGUGGUAACAUUUAUUUGUUAAGCUUGGAAACAUUUGAAACAGCAGAACCUGUCAUUUACCAAGAUGUAGUGCUCCAAAAAAUUGCGGAGGAUUUUAAGAUAAAUCCUGGAGCUGUGGAAGCUAUAGCAGAACAGCCAGAAAACCCUGACAACAUUUUGAUUGGCUACAACCGUGGGCUAAUGGUGUUGUGGAACCGUGAAACGUCAAGCGUAGAACAGACAUUUGUCAGCAGCCAAGAUCUUGAAAGCAUUUGCUGGCACGAAACUGGAACAAAGUUUGCCUCUUCACACAAUGAUGGAAGCUAUGCUAUUUUUAAUGUACCCAAAGGACCCGACCCGCCCAAGGAUCCCAUUUCCCCUCAUGGGCCUUUCCCUUGUAAAGCUAUGACCAAAUUGUUGUGGAGGAAAGCUGAAGGGGAGGACAUGGUCAUUUUUUCUGGCGGUCUGCAGCGAGCAACCCAUUCUGAUCGUUAUUGUAUCACUGUCAGCCAAGGAGAAAAAAUUGUGGUUUUUGAUUUCACUUCCAAGAUUGUUGAUUUCUUUACCGUCAGCCCCAGAGAAGAUGCAACAGGUCCAGAGGCUCUAAUUGUCCUUGCUGAGGAGGAGAUUGUUGCAAUAGAUUUGCAGGGAGAUGAUUGGCUUCAGAUUAAUUUGCCUUACCUUGUCUCAGUUCAUGCUUCAUCGGUCACUUGCAGUCAGUAUGUUUCAGACGUAUCCCCAGAAUUGUGGGCCAAAAUUGAGGCUUGUGGUCAGAAACAAAUGGAGGGCCAGUUUUCUUCAAAGACAUGGCCGAUUGACGGUGGCGUUGUUACGAAUGAGAAAGUUGAAGCUCGAGAUCUGCUCCUGACUGGUCAUGAAGAUGGGUCAGUUCGCUUCUGGGCUGCUGGUGGUGUGGCGCUUCGACCCCUCUACAAGCUGACCACUUCCAACUUUUUUCAUAGUGAUGACAUUGCUCUUGAUAAUCAUGCAGAUGAUGAUGAGGACAAUGGAUGGCCUCCAUUUAAAAAGGUUGGGUUUUUUGAUCCAUAUUCAGAUGACCCUCGGCUAGCGGUGAAGAAAUUAUCGCUUUGCCCUGUUUCUGGUGUUUUGGUUGUGGCAGGCACGGCUGGCCAUAUCAUUAUUGCAGAGCUAAAGCAAGAGGCCAAGGAAGAGGAAAUUCCUGUAACUGUUAUGAAUAUUGUUUCUGACCGAGAUGGAUUUGUGUGGAAAGGACACAGCCACCUUGCUGCCCAUGAAAACAAAGUUAAAAUACCAGCUGGCUUCCAGCCAACAGCAGUUAUGCAGCUGCAUCCACCUGUUGCUGUCACUGCACUUAUGCUUCAUUCAGAUUGGGGGCUGAUUGUGGCGGGCACAGCCCAUGGUUUGGCUCUAUUUGAUUACAUUAGGAGUAAGCCGGUCAUCACAAAAUGCACUCUGAACCCUAACGAUCUGUCUGGUGCCGGAGAGCAAGCUAUCUCAAGACGCAAAUCUUUCAAGAAGUCACUCCGUGAAUCAUUCAGACGACUGCGCAAGGGCAGGUCCACACGCCAUGGAGAGAAGAGAGGUGGUGCCACAUCGGGUGUCACGUCUCCAACGUCUCCUGCUGGACCAGACAGAAGGAAAGAAGGAGCUACUGAUGCUACAACUGGAACUUUAGAGCCCAAGCCUAUUGAGCGCCAAGUUGAAGCAAGACCGGUGGAUGAUGGUCAAGGAAGCAUGGUUAGGUGUGUGUACCUUGCACGCACAUUUAUUAUCAGUGUUCAAAACACAACUCCUACCAUGUGGGCGGGCACCAACAAUGGAACUGUUUAUGUUUUCACAUUGUCCAUUCCCCAAGGUGCCAAAAGAAAGGAUGAUGGAGUGCAGUGUCAGCUUGGCAAAGAAAUUCAAUUGAAACACAGGGCCCCUGUAAUUGGUAUUUCAAUUGUUGAUUCUGCUGGUGUUCCACUGCCUGAGCCACUUCAGAAAGGACCCGAUCCAGUUGGUCCUCACAGAGUCAUCAUCUCUUCAGAGGAACAAUUCAAGAUGUUCACACUGCCAAGUCUGAAGCCAUUAUGUAAACUAAAGCUCACUGCUCAUGAAGGGAGUCGAGUUCGGCGCACAGCCAUGGCUUUGUUUAAGUCUGUUUCAUCAGCAAAUCCUCAGCACUCAGAGUGGUGCCUGGUGUGUCUUACAAACCUUGGUGAUUGCAUCGUCUUAUCUACACCUGACUUACGAAGGCAGCUUAAUGCUGCUGUUAUUAGACGUGAGGAUGUUCAUGGUAUCUCCAGUCUCUGUUUCACUAAACAUGGAGAGGCGUUGUACCUGCAUUCAUCCAGCGAACUUCAAAGGGUGUCUCUAUCAGCUCAACAUAUCACUCAAGCUCAUUGCCAUCUUGAGCUUCCUCCUGGGGUCAGACCUGGGAGAGAAGUAGAAGCUGAAGCAGAAGAGGAAGAAGAGGAGGAAGAGGAGGCAGAGGAAGGAAGUGAAGAGGAAUCACCAAAGGAAGGUGAAGUUGAGGCAGAAACCACAGAAGUAGAAGUGGUUGUUAAACAAGACAGUGAGGUGAAAGUUGAGAGCUCUCCAGAUAAAAAAGAAGAAAAGAAAAUCUCUGGGCCACCAUCACCUGCUCCUAGGUCUAUCACAACUCCCACACCCCUUGUGAAUGGCGAUGCUGAAUCAGCUUGCAAGAAGGAAGUGAGUAGCAAUAGCAAUGAUGAGCCAAAGGAAAAUGGAGUGUCUUCUGAAGAGGAGCGAUUGGAGAUCAGCAUGGGAGACAUCACCAUUGAUUCUGUCAAGGACCAUUUGAUAAAUUGUUCCACACUGGAGGAGAGUCGAGUGACAUCUGAGAAAAUGGAAGUGAAGAACAGCACCACUCUAUCCGAAUCUGUGAUAAUCAAAUCAACUACCACGAUUAUCAACAGCGAGGAAAGUACCAACAAUGCCUCACCAACUGUUGUGGAAAGCAACUUCGCGGAGCCCUUUGCAGCUUUUGAAAGAUAUGCUCACAAGAUUAAUUCGCAGAAGGCCCCUCUAGCCCCUGUCGAAGACUUGGAAAUGGACAUGACUACAUAGCACAUCUUCAUCUCAUCAGAACUGUAAUAUAAAUCUGAUUUUAUUCUUAUCAGUAACUCAUUAUCAAUAAUGGUUAUCUUGCUUUUAUCAGUAUUUAGAUGUUGAUCAAACCACUGUUUUUUUUCUUGAUUUACUGCUUUUAUACUACAUGUGACAUGCCUUGACGAUUGCACCUUAGUUGGUUUGAACAUCGAAUGAAACCUUUGAACCCAGCUCCUCUGAAACUUAUUUUGAGCUUAAUGUUGUAAUUUUAGCAUUACAAUGGUCUGACUUAUUUCUUUUUAAGAAGUGAUAAUCUUAUCUUUUUAAUUAUGUAACCUGACUGCAAUGCAUCUGACAUCAUUUUAAUGUACAUGUGUUUUUUUUUGUUUUUUUUUGUUGUUUUUCUGGUUUCUUACUCUUGAGAUGUAUUUGUUUACAUUUUAACUUCCAUGGUCAAAAUUGUCUUUGUAUUUUCCUAGUAUUCAACAGUAGGACACUUCUCAAAUUUCCUACUUGACCAUAACAAUUGCCAAGACUGCGUAUGUGGGUGCCUUUCUUUAUCCAUAAUGUUUGCCCUGUGAUGAAUGAGGUGGUGCUGAAUAUUAAUAAUAAUAUUCUGUUUCAUCAGUUUUAAUAUUUCUGUCUUUCAGUGCUUUCGCACUCCAUGGAAGUUGUAUUGUAAGAAAGUGCAGCUAAUAUGGGUUGUGUCUUAAUCAUUCUAUGGCUUGGUUUCACCAUAGUGUAAACUUUUUAUCCGAUCCUGUAAUAAGAAAUUUACUUGUGAUAUAUUUGACUGCUCUUGGGUAGCCAAGUUAUUUUGAUACUACUGAUAAUACUAAACUGGUGUACUUAAUCAUUCCAUGGCAGGGGCUUUUAUUGUUUUCCCAAAGCAAUACUGACGACAUGCUGAUGAUGAAUAAAAAGUGGACAGUGGAUAUUAAUAUUUACCUCUUUAAUAUAUAUAUUUAUAUUUAUGUACUUUACAUUAAUUCAAGAAAUUUAUAUGCUCCAUUGACCAAUUUUUAUUCUAUUUUGUUCAUGUUUAGAAAUCUCUCUCUCUCUCUCUUGUUGUAUGACUUUGAAAAUAUAUCAAUGAAAUUGUAUUCAUGGCAAAUAGUGCCUCUACUUAGUGUCUUGUAGAAUUUCUGCUUUGCUAUUUUGUGUAACAUUUCCUUUUCGGUUAUAGUAUGACCUAAUAGAAUAUCUGAUUGGUUAUUUUGUGUAACAUUUCCUUUCCUGUUAUGACCUAGAGUUAAUCCUCGCCAUGUAGUUUUCAUUGUCAGUGGUUACCUGUACUUAUUCAUCUUGUAUGAUAUUGUAAUAAUUUAUCACUUCUGCAGGCUUCAGCGUAAAGUGAACUUGUAAUGAAAUGGUCUGUUUUGACUGUAUGUUUUACACAAGUUAGGCAAUGCCCCACUUUCCAGAGUAAAUGUUAACCUACUUUGUGUAGUCUACUUCAGGCCUAGAAACUGUGGGGGUAGUGGUUUCAAUGUGAUUAUUGCAUUAAUACUAUCAUCAGUUCCCGCACUAUCGAAUGCUUCUCUUUUUUGUGUCAUACGCAUUCUUUAAAUUUAUUGAAACUGAUUCAGUUGUAAUUGUGUUUCUGCCAUUUUGAAGCCAAGAAUUCUUUUCUUUAUCAUAUUAUCUUGUCCUCCUUGAAUUACAUUCUGACAAACUUGAUGUUUUAUAUUUAACAAAAAAAUGAGCCUCUGAGUAGUUGGUCUGAAGAGAUUACAUUGCAUCAAUGUUUUGUUUUAAUGUGACGGGUAAAUAUUUUUGUGGCAUGAUGAAAAUCUUUAUUUUAAUUCUGUGUUUUUAUCUUUACCUAAACAAAGGAGGACAAAAGCACCCUGACCUAGUGUGAUUUGCUUAGCCUCCUAAACUUACGAUUGAACCUAAGUUUUCUACAGGGGAUGAAAUACCUAUAGACCAUGUUUGUUUUUUUAUAUCUAACAUUAUUUGUUGAAUUGACAUUAUCAGCGAAUCCUUCACUUGUACAUUAACAUUUGUGAUGGUGUAAGUGUUAUCAAGGGAUCUGUUUAUGUUCGUUAAAUAAAGCCAUGAACAUAUUUCUUCUUGCUUUAUUAUUGUUGGUGAUCUAGAAGUUGAUGGCUUGCAGACGUUACUGUCUUAAUAGAACCAAUCACAUUCUUUAGUAGUCUCUGUGAAAUCCUACCAUGUGGUAGUUUCACUCCCGAUACCUUGAUAGAUGGAUAAGUGUGCAAAAUAAAGCAUACAGGUGUUUGAAAGGAA